AAAGAAAUAUUUUUAUUUUUGUUUGUUGCUGUGAGUGUUUAGGAAUUAGGAUUAUGAAAAAACCCAGCAAUUUAAAUAGUAAUCUAAUCACAUUCAUGAAAUCUUAUCAAACACUCUAUUAUCUUAAUGACGAGCGUCAAUAUUAGCACAUGAAGUCCACUUGUUUAACAACAGCAUUGCUGUAAAUUAUCGGCCAUAUACUUCGAUAAUUACUGAAUCAUUAUAUUAAGAGAAAUUGUGCGUUGACUUCAAUGAACGACAAUUAAAACAAAAAUGGAAGAAGAAGUAGAAAGUAUAGAAAUGAACACAUCUAGUGCCCGCAGAGCUUACACUUUGAGGAACAAUGUAGCUCGACAGGUUGCUGUGAACUUCAUGCCUUCCCGGCAGAUUGCACACAACACGCUCCGACUGAGGCGAGUGAACAGCGAGCACAAUGCGCUGCUGGACGCGCUGGUGGACGCGCCGGACGCAGCAGACGCGCAGGCGGAUAUCAUCGUGCGCGAGAUGGAGCAGCAUCAGUCGCUGAUGGAGGACAACCCUGUGUCUGAAGAGUUGAGGAGGGAAGCGCUGCGCGACCUCCCCCAGUGCUUGACGAUGAAGAGGAACGUGCGCGCCAAGCUGUCGGCCUCGGUCAGUUUACGCUCCAAACGAAGACCCAUCUCCUUCCUUAAGAGGCUUAAAUAUCGGAUCAGCUUUGCGUGGAAACGAACUCGCGACAAAUUCCGCGAUUUCAUAUUCUCCAUAGAGCUGUGGUACGAGGCCAUUCGCAAUAUCGAAGGGCAUCUAGGCUCGGCGGUGGGAUCCUAUUUCCAUCUCUUGAGGUGGCUAUUCGGACUCAAUCUGCUGCUGACUACAUUUCUACUGUGUUUCGUGGUGGUGCCUCAAGCUCUGCACGACCAAGCUGGUAACGGUACCACUGAGUUGGGAGCUUUAGAUUUUAUAAGUGGUAGGGGUGGUUUGGAGCACACGUUGCUCUUCUACGGGCACUACCACGACGCGGAGAUAGCGUCGCCCGGCCCGCUCCGCUACUACAUGCCCUUCGCCUACUUCUACACGAUGUUCUGCCUCUAUCUGAUGUUCUUCGCCGUGCUGUGUUACAGGACGGCGUACUCGUACCGGCGCAACUUCAUCGAGCCGUCGGGCGGCACCGGCGCGCUGUCACAGCUGCUGGCCGCCAAGCUGUUCUGCGGCUGGGACUUCGGCAUCGCCUCGCCCGCCGGCGCCGCGCUCGCUGCACACGCUCUGUAUCUGGAGUUCAAGGAGUUGCUAAACGAGCAGAACAGGAAGAAAAUGAUAACUUCAGCCUGGGUGCGGGUUUGGCAGCGUUUGGCCAAUGUGUUGGUCACCGUGUUGGCAUUGGCCAUCAUCGCUGGCAUACUGUACGGCCUGUGGCUUCUGCUGGCCGUUGAGGAGUUGACGGAGAACAGAGAGAUAUACAUAUCCUUGGCCAUCACUGCUGUGGUUAGCCUGUGUCCUGUGUUACUACAUUUUAUAGUUAAGCUGGAGUACUAUGAGGCCCGCACCGCUUUCUACGUGACAUUGGCCAGGACUUGGCUGUUGGACAUUGGCAUAUUGGUCAUCCUGCUUAUCUAUUGGUCUCGUUCUGACGAUGAGUGCUGGGAAACGCGCGUGGGUCAGGAAGGCUACCGUCUGGUGAUACUCGACGUGUUGGUGUCGCUGCUGCUCAUCCCUACUGUGGAGUUAGUUCGCGGGAUGCUUUUCAAAUGGAAGGUCCUGGAGGCGGCGCCGGAGUUCGACAUCACGUACAACUCGCUGACGCUGAUCUACAACCAGUCAGUGCUGUGGCUCGGCAUGCUGUUCUCGCCGCUAUUGGUCGUGGCGGUCACGGCCAAGUUCCUGCUGCUGUUCUACGUCAAGAGGGAGAGCGCUCUGCGAAUGUGCCACACCGGGAAGAAGGUAUGGCGCGCGGCGCAGACUCAGACUGUCCUGUACAUGUUGGUCACUCUGUCGCUCUUCACUAUGCUCUUCGCCAUCGGAUCUGUAUUCUUAAGGUCGUCGUCAGUGUCGUGCGGCCCGUUCCGCCAGUACGAGCACGUGUUCGCGAUAGUGAGCGAGGGGCUGCUGCAGCUGUCGCGCCACCACACGCUGCGCGCCGUGCUGCACUUCAUCGUGCGGCCCGGGCCCAUCGCCUUCGUGCUGCUGGGACUGUGUGUGUGCGUGUACAUAAUGCGUGCGCGUGCAGCUGCGCAGCGCUCGAUGGCGGCCAUCUUGCGGCAGAUGCUGCGCCUGCAGGCCAAGGAUAAGGACUUCCUGCUUAAUGCCAUCGAGAAAGUGUCCAAUGGAGAAUGGCUGUACAGUCCAAAGGCUGAGGAGUACGGCGAAGACAGUCACACAUGGAAGUACUUGAAUGAAGUUCGCAAACCUUCCAAUGCCGGCUUCCACUUUGACGGCUCCAGACUUAGCCAUUCGUUCCUAGAAAGACCAAAGUCAUAUGUGAAGGAAAACCGACCUACAUCCUACCAUACGGAAAGACCAAAGUCUCUUGAAGACGGUGAUACUGAUAGUUCCUUUAGUUGGCAAGGCUCGAGCAGUUAUUUGAACCAGAAGGGUGAAGCUGAAGAGAAGAGAUAACCUUUAAAGUGAUGUGGGUAGAUCGAUAAUAAAAAAGAAGUUAUGAGGGUAAUGUAUAAAAAUACGCCAAAUCAAGGACAUGGAGGAUAGAGAUUCUGAAAAAUAACUUAUGUGGGGAUAGUACUGUAAGGUUUAAAAUAACUACCCUCGUUUUAUUAAUUUCAUGCACUUUUGACGAGUACUUUCACAGACAGUGAUGUUUAAUUUUGCCUCUAUCGUCCAUGGUUACAUUAACUUUACAAAAGUACACUCUAGUUAGUCUUUAAUAAAGAAUAUUGUUUAGAAUUUCGUCAAUUAAACUUGUAAUAAAUACCUUGAAAUUUUUAUACAUUUCAAUUAAUUAUAAUUCGCUAUAAAUGAUUAUUAUAUUCGACAAUUUUACCAUUGUAGACUAAUGCGGACUACAGACCUUCAGCUUGGACUGUGUAGUAUUUUAUAACUGUACAGUUUUUCUAAUGAUUUAAAUUUCGAUUAGAUAAAACUGUACAGUUAAAACUGCACGUCUGUAGCGCGGGUUAGUACGACGCCUACAAUCAGCAAGAAUUUGUCAUUUAAAGUAUCCAUGACAGAACAACGACAAUCGAAGAGUGAUAAAUUAUUAUGUUUGUAAAACUUUUGAUAUAAAAUAAACAAUUUACUAUUUAUUUAAAAAAAAUAUAUUUUUCUCGUAUAAACAUUUAAAAGAUACAGUCGGAUGAAACCUUUUAUGUGUGGGAGGCGCGCGCGGGAUGUUGAUCUGCCGCUUAUACCUAAAUUAUUGUAUUGCGUAGCUUAUUGUUCUUAAACGUCAUAGAGAUUUCAUCCGAUUAUAUUACGAUCUCACUUAAAAAAAACAAUCACAGUAUUUGCUGUAUCAAAAGUUGGCGGAUUCAAAUCUUUGAUACAUUUAUUAAUAUUUAGGUUAAUUAUAAUAUUUCUUAUGACUAUAUAGACUAUGUAAAACAUAAUGUAAUAAACUAAGCAUAAUCAUAAAGUACAUAAUGAUAUAAGAAAAUUAUAUGAAUUCUUCUAUAAUUAAGUCAAUAUUUGUCUUCCUGUGAUUCAAAAUCAGUUUUUAGCAUAAUAAUGAACUGUGGUAUAUACAUAUUAUAAAAUAGAGAACUGGACCAUUAUACUAACUAUCUAACCACUGUGCCAAUAAUAACGUGCCAAAAGGAGUUUUAAUAAACAAUAGUUUUAAGAAAAUGUUGACUGCUUCUAUAAAAUCGACUUGUUAUGGAUUUUGUAUUUUCAAAUACGUAUUUUCAAAUAGUGGUUUUUAUAUUUAAGGAGUUUCGAUCAAUUACACAAAAAAUAGCCUAUAAUUUUCGAUCAAUUUCACAAAAAAUAACCUAUAAUUUUCUAUAUUUUACAGACUAUUCUAUAUUUUGUAAUAAUUUAAUAAAUUAAAAAAAUAAUAAAAUUGUAAGUACAAUGUUAUACGGCAUUAUGUAAUUUUGUGUGAUUUAUAUUUUUUAUACAACAAUAAAUUAUAUUAUUCGAUAA